CGCGCAAGUUCGGAGAAUGUGGAAAAAAAUACAUGCGCGCUGUGGAGAGACGACAGAAAGGAGGGGAGGGAGAAAAGAGACAUUCGCGCAUGCGUACUGCUCAGUCGCUCAGUUUAGGUUUCUCCCGUGUCUUCGUUUAGGCGAGCGGGCAGGCUUUCCCACAGUGCGCCCAGUGCGCCGCAGCUGUGUGCGACAAACCGUUGGACUCGCCGUCCGGGAUGAAUGCCAACUGGGCGAUGUUGUUGUGGCAGCUGGCUGCCGUCGCCGCUGUGGUGGCCUCCGCGUUUCGGGAUAGCCGACCCGGAGAGGAAAACAGACUCCUGGGGCGCUUGCAGAGUGACAGUCCGCGCGCGGACAUUUUGCUUCGACAUCUUAUUCGAGCAAAACUGAGUCCUGUGGCCCAGGAAGAUGAAGGGUGGCCUCCCCGGGAGGUCACGGGGGCACUGGGGCCGACCUCGGCUGUGGCCGUGGAUAGCCGUGGGCUUGUCCAUAUUCUCCACCGGGGACCCGUCGUCUGGAACGCGAGCUCCUUUGACCAGAACCACGUGUACCGGUACCAACAGAGCCCUAUCAGUGAGCCUGCCAUUGUGGUUCUCGACCCCAAGACCGGCCUCGUCGUCGGGCGCUGGGGCCAGAACAUGUUCUUUAUGCCUCACGGAUUGUACAUUGAUGGAGAGGACCACGUCUGGGUGACGGAUGUUGCACUUCACCAGGUGUUCCGGUUCCCGCCCAACGGCACCAGCGCUGAGCUGGUGCUGGGCGAGGCGUUUGUGCCGGGCUCCGGUAGCGGUCACUUCUGCCAGCCCACCGACGUAGCGCUGCCCCCGUCGGGCCUGGUCUUUAUCAGCGAUGGCUACUGCAACAGCCGCAUCGCCAUCUUCACCCCCGAGGGGAAGCACGUCACCGACGUUGCCACCCGAGACGGCCUUUGGAUCCCGCACAGCCUGACCUAUGUGCAGCGAGACAACACUGUGUGCGUGGCAGACCGGGAGAACCAGCGCGUGCUCUGCUUCUGGGCUGGCCUCGGCCCGGACUUUGGCUUCCUCCGCUCCAGCGUCACAGGCCAGCUGGGACGGGUGUAUGCUGUUGCCUCCGUCGGGAGCUACCUGUACGGCUUGCAGAUUGACGACGGCACAUCCGCUGCCUCCGGUUUCCGGGUGGAGCUCUACCCUGGCUCCCGGGUUCAGACCUUCUCUCCCAGACAGCGCUUCAUCCAGCCGCAUGACCUGGCGGUCUCCGAGGACGGGCGCACCCUGUACGCGGUGGACGUCGAUGCAGCCAACCGGAAGAAGGUGUACAAGUUCAGGAUCUGAGACCCGGAUACUGGAGCAAGUUGUGCUUGGCCGACUGCCGGCACAAACUUGUCCUAGCAUCGUAUCGCAAUGUCCUCGACUCCUUUUCCCUACUCGUGCAGUAUCAACCUUGACAGCUCUUUUUUUGGAAGAUCGGGUUUCCACACUGUGUUGUUUAGAUAAUUUGUGUUAACAAAUGGAGUUUAAUUGGCUUCUGAGUCGUCCAAAAAGUCCCCGAAGAGGCCGGCGUUACGAAACUUUUAUGUCGUAUUCGCGCGACAGAUCUUUCUCUGUAGAGAAAACUGAGUAUAUAUGUAUGUCAUAAAGCUGCGAGGAGAAGGAGGAAGAAACGGUUCAGAAAACACGAGCAAGCAUUCGUAUGACAGAGUUGCGUUUAGUUGAGUCGGAGGUGUUCCUUUUCAAGAACCUUCCUGCAACCCUCACAGGCUCAUCGAUCAAGCGACAGGGCAAAAGAAAAGUACCCUGCAGCUCGAUGCUGGCAAUUGUAAUCCUCCAAAAAGGAGGGGGACCGGUUGCUCCGAUGGGCCUGCAAAUAUUCUAUGGGUCGAUUGUAAAUUCUCUACCGCUUACUGCAGACCUGGUGGAUUACCGAACGUAUGUAAUGCGGCGUAUUCGACCUUAAAACUUAACGGCGUUCAAUCCCCUCCUCGGAGAAAAAACUGUCGUGCGAAUGCGCCAUUACGCUUUUACGGCGGUAUUUUCGUAAAGCCAGGUCUGAACAAAAUCUUUCUAUGUUUUGAUUUCGUUAUUUAUUUACUUUUGUUACUUGUUUACUUUAGAGUUUAUUAAGACAUUUAAAAAGCAGCACCUUUUUUUUUUUUUUCUCUAUUUACAGGUACUUAUUUAUUUCAGGUACCACAAGCGAGUGGGCCGUUACUCAAGGGAAUAUUGUACAAGUAUACACUCGACAUUUAUUAUUGCUGCUGUAAUAUUUCCCAUGUUGAAGACGUUCUAGAAGCAGAAGUGUAAACUUGCCAAAGAAUUCGCUUUUUUUUUUGUAGCUUUUAUACAUUGAAGGGACCCCGAAACGAAAGGCGGUAAUGAAAAAGUGCUUGAUCCGUUCCUGUCGCAUGAUAUCCUUGGCUUUAUAAUUUGAGUGAUCUGUUCAGUGCCACAAGUGGCCACUGGUAAUAGUGGGGUACAUAUGAUCACUUUUGCAAUUUGUAGAAAAUAAUUUCAUGUGGCAUUUAUAUUAUGACGAUUUGGUUUGUUACUUUUAUUUCUAAGUGUUUGGCUAUUUGUGUCACAAGCUGGCGUUAUCCAGAUUCAAAUCGUGAACAAAAUACCCGUUAUUGCAAUCAACAGUAUUGUGUUUUUGCAAAGGUGGAAGAUGUGUUACCUGUUUUCUCAAAGCUUUGCUGAAAAUCGCCGUUUAUAAUUAUGAACAAGGUUGGUUACAAUUUUAAGGCAGCUUCCUCUCGCAUUUUGUUACAUGUUGAUCUGUUGGUAGUAUAUUUAUAUCUUGUUGGCUACUAUGGUGACCUAUUAGCGUCUAAUCUCGAUAACAAGAUUAAUAUGUAUUGACCCUCCUCAAUAAUAGAGCUUUACAACCACCUA